UGGCUGGCCGGCUCCGGUGUCGUUGGCCGGGCCGCCCUGCGGGGGUGUAGGCCCCCUGCCCUCUCCCCGCCCCGGAGCCAGGAUGUGGUUCUUCUCCCGGGACCCGAUCCGCGACUUCCCCUUCGAGGCGCUCUCCCCGCCGGAGUCGCCGCCGCCGCUGCAGCAGCCCGGGGGCGUCUGGCAAUUGCACCGCGGCAGGAGGAAGGCCACGGGGGAACAAGUAUCCCUGUUCAUCCACGAUGUGAGACCCAACUUAGAAGAGCAGACCCAAGUUGCAAAGGCGGCAUUCAAACACCUCAAAACACUGCGGCACCCCAAUAUCCUGUCCUACAUCGACGGGUUAGAGACAGAGAAAUGUUUGCACGUGGUGACGGAGCCGGUGAUGCCUCUGCCAGCCUACCUGGAGUCAAGGGGCGACGGGAGAGGCUUGAACGAGCUGGAGAUCUCAUGGGGUCUCCAUCAGAUUGUGAAAGCUCUCAGCUUCCUGGUGAACGAUUGUCACCUCAUCCACAACAGCGUCUGUGCCGCCGCUGUUUUCGUGGACCGAGCCGGCGAGUGGAAGCUGGGCGGUUUGGACUACAUGUUUUCGGCUCAGGGGGACGUCGCUGUGCCACGGAAGGGCGUCCCCGAACUGGAGAAGUACGACCCUCCGGAAUUAGUGGACAGCAGCAAGAGCGUCGGAGAGAAAUGGUCAGCUGACAUGUGGCGUCUGGGGUGCCUCAUCUGGGAGGUCUUUAAUGGCCCCCUGCCCCGGCCGUCCUCCCUCCGGUCUCUUGGCAAGAUCCCCAAGUCCUUGGUCCCUCAUUACUGUGAGCUGGUUGGUGCCAAUCCCAAACUACGGCCCAAUCCUGCCAAGUUCCUGCAAAACUGCCGUGGGCCGGGGAGCUUCAUGGACAACAGCUUCGUGGAGACCAACCUCUUUUUGGAGGAGAUCCAGAUCAAGGAGCCCGCCGAGCGGCAGAACUUCUUCCAGGAGCUCAGCGCCAACCUGGACGCCUUCCCAGAGGACUUCUGCCGCCACAAAGUCCUCCCGCAGCUGCUGACGGCGUUUGAGUUCGGGAGCGCCGGCGCCGUCAUCCUCAUCCCCCUCUUCAAGGUGGGGAAGUUCUUGAAUACCCAGGAAUACCAGCAGAAAAUAAUUCCCGUCAUUGUGAAGAUGUUCUCUUCCCCGGACCGGGCCAUGAGGAUCCGGCUCCUGCAGCAGAUGGAGCACUUCAUCCAGUACCUGAACGAGCCGACAGUCAACAGCCAAAUCUUCCCCCACGUGGUGCACGGCUUCCUGGACACCAACCCGGCCAUCCGCGAGCAGACGGUAAAGUCCAUGCUUCUUCUCGCUCCCAAACUGAACGAGAACAACCUGAACGUCGAACUGAUGAAGCACUUCGCUCGCCUCCAGGCCCGGGACGACCAGGGCCCCAUCCGCUGUAACACCACCGUGUGCCUUGGGAAGAUAGGACCCUACCUCAGCGCCACCACGAGGCAAAGCGUCCUGAUCUCGGCCUUCAGCCGUGCCACGAAAGACCCCUUCCCUCCCUCUCGGGCUGCUGGCGUCCUGGGCUUCGCAGCCACACACAACUUCUACUCCAUGAAAGACUGUGCCUUCAAAAUCAUGCCCGUGUUGAGCACGUUGACCGUGGAUCCGGAGAAGACGGUCCGGGACCAGGCCUUCAAAGCCAUCCGGAGCUUCAUGACCAAACUAGAAACAGUUUCUGAAGAUCCGACUCAACUCUCUGAGCUUGAGAAGGAUGUUCAGGCAGCCUCGGCGAGCCCGGGGGCAGGGGCAGCAGCCACCUGGGCUGGCUGGGCGGUGACGGGGGUCUCGUCCCUCACGUCGAAGCUGAUCCGGACAAACGCCGGGGCGGCGCAAGCAACAGAACCUGCAGCCGAGGAGGUCCCGGCCAGCACGGCAUCAGAGACCCCCAAAUCAGGGGGUGCGCACGCCCUUGCCCCUGCCCCAGCUCCCCCCUCGUCGAGCCACUGGGAUCUGGAAGAAGACGUGGCAGAGGAGGAAAGCUUAGCCGAGCGGUGGGACGAUGAGGACUGGGGCAGUUUGGAGCAAGAAUCAGAGCAUCCGAGGAGGCAGGCCAGCCCAGAUGACUGGAACAGCCCAGGGUGGUCCGAUCCAGCGUCGGCAGCCAAGAAACCCGGAGGCAAAAUGGCCGCCGCCCCUCCGAGGCAGGACUCCGACUGGAGCACCUCUGCCUGGGACCUGGAGCCUUCCUGGAGCCACAAGAAGGGACCCAGACCCGCUGCGGAGGAAGGCUGGGGCAGCAGCGGCUGCGAAGGGGACUUCUCUGGCCCGGCCCAAAAGGCGGCCGCGGCCCCCCAAGACGGGACCAAGCUGGCGAGCGAAUACAACUGGGAGAGCGUCACUUCGCCGGAGAAGCCGGACCCGUUCUCCUCUCUCAUUGAGAAGCCGAGUGCAGAGAGGCAGAGGAACACGGAGGCGCUAGGAGAUUGGGGCCUGGAGGAAAACUGGGAGGCUCUGGAGUCCGACCAGGGGCCCAGCAAAGAGGAGCUGACACGGAACAAGCGCGAGGAGCGGAGGCAAGUGAUGGAGGCCCGGAGGGCGGAGAGGAAGGCAGCCAAGGGACCCAUGAAGCUGGGGGCCAGGAAGCUGGACUGACAGCCUUGUUUUUAUCUUUGGGGGCAUCCGGACGCCCUGGGGAGAGGGGGGGGGAGAGGGCAGGAGUGCUUCUUUUGGAGCGUCCAGGUAGGUUUUUGGGGAACGGGGAAGACCCUUUCGGCCACUCCGUCAUUCGCCUGUUUGGGGCAGCGUUAGCGUCACCGGCUACCCAUAUCUUAUCUUGCUCAGUCCAGGCCUUGCCAAGAAACUUCUCUGGUUCACAGGGCAAUCCCUGCCUCCUGUGAUGGGUAAGACUUGAAUUCCAGAUGCCCUCGUGGGAGUUGGGGUGGGGGGAGAGGGAAGGGGGGAGAGACAGUCUCUGUCUCUGUCUCUCUCUCCAUAGAAUAGUUAUUCUGUACAGCUGCAGGUUUCCAGUACAGUGUGUGUAUGUAAUUCUUGCCUGUUUUAAUGGGUUUAUGCGGAAGGAGACAAAUAAAUUAACUCUUUAAUGAAA